AUAGAUAGAUUUCGUCUAUUCACUACCGUCUACCACUAUACCAAUCCAGAAGAAGUUGUUGCCUGUGAAGGAUGCCUUCUGCAGCGAAUGCGAAGUCUGAAAAACCAGCUUCUUCGGAAGCAACGGAUAAUUCACCUAUCCGACAAGUUAUGACUAUUAUUGAACACAAAAUUCGCAACUUGGAGAAAAGAAAGAGCAAACUAACAUCUUACCGAGACUUGCAAAAAGCUGGUAAAGAGCUGAAUGGUGAUCAGAAGGUUGCUGUUGCGAAGUAUGAUGAAGUUGUUCAGACAUUGGAAUUUGCUCGCGACAUGUUUAAGCAAGUCAUGACAGUAGCAACUGUUGCCGAGCGGGACGCUAAAAAGCAAGCUAAAAAGGAUGCAUGGGUUCGCUACACAGCAGAGACAAAUAAAAUACGUGAAGUACUGCUUGUGUUGGAUUGUCUUAUGCAAAUGGGAAACAAUGAGGCGAGGGAAGACUUUCUCAAUGGAACUAAUGGGGCAGCCAAACUGACAGAAGAUGAUCUGAAAAUUUUGGAUGAUUUGUACCCAGAAGUGACCCCUAAACAUGAAGUAAAUGAAGAAGGGCUGCCUGGGUUCCAUUCUUACACAGUAAAAGCUGCAGAACACUUGUACGCUAUUAUCGAUGGCAAACCAAAGGAGUUUUUGGGAACAACCUAUGCUCAUAUUAAGGAAAUUAUAAACGCGGUUCACGAAUGUGGUUACUUUGAUAAAUCUCUGGAAGUGUCGGUCGCCGCAGAGCCCGAGGAGUGCCCUGAGCCGGAGGAGGAGCCCGAGCCCGAGCCCGCGCCCGCGCCGUCCGUGCCGUCCGCGCCCGAAGCGGCGCCCGCCUACGCGCCCGCGCCGCUGCCCGCCCCGCCCGCGCCCGCCGGUCUGCCCGCGCCCGCCUACCCGCUGCGCCCGCUGCCGCCCAUCACGCUGCAGGAGGUGGAGCACGCCUACUUCGCGCAGCAGUACCCUCAGCAGAGACCCAUCGCCGAAGUCAUCGGCUCACAGAACUUCUUCUUCCUUCAGGAGUCCGAAAUCGACAGUCCCGUCGGCACUCCUCAACCUCCCCCCAUCUUGAACCAGCAGGGCUCCCCGGCGCCCAUUCCCACGCAGACGUUCACCAACCAGCACUACGUGCUGCCCGGAGGCCGCGUGCCCGAGCCGGGCACGAUCCCGAUGCCGCCGCAGCCGCACUUCCCGCCGCACCCCGAGCCUGCGGUGUACCCCGUGCCCCUCGCCGCGCCGCUGCCGCACGUGCACGUCGCGCCCCAGCCCCUCGUCCAGCCGAUCCACGUCGACCAACAGAUUCCGAUUCCACCCGAAGAGAGGAAGCUUCCCACGCCCGUCGAAGACGUAGUCGAGGAGAACUCGAAAGAGAGCAGGAGCCCCGAACGCGACGACGGGGACCGUAAGACCCAAGGCCAGGGCGACGGACAGAACAGGUUCAGGAGAUACCGCGGCGGCGGCAGGGGAUCGUCGAACGGCUUCCGCGGCCGCGGGUCCUUCCAGAACAGGCAGAACAACGACAACUACCACGGACGGCACGGCGAGUAUCAGAACAGGUCAAACAAGGAUGGAUACCGGCAGUACAGCGACAACUACCAGAGCAGACACGGCAAAGACGGCUACCAGAACAGAAGCGGAAACGACGCCUACUACGGCAACGGCGACGCGGGCGACUCGCACCACCACGAGAACGGCGGCCGCGAGCGCUACAACGACGCGGGCUACCAGGGCGGCUUCAAGAGCCGCGGCAGAGGCGGCCCGCGCGCCGCCCGCGCCGCGCCCCGCGCGCCGCGCCCGCACCAGUACACCCGCAAACCCGACAACGUGGAGUAACUCACGAGUGCUUCUAAUAACGGACUAAAUCAUUUGUGGAAGGCAAAUUUCACCGGCAACAACGCGCUGUGGUAACAACAAACAAGAGAUUAUGGUAUAAAAAACAAAUUAAA